UUGCCGAGCCCAAAUACAGGUCAGUCAUUCUCUGAAUGAUAUGUUACGCGAGUCGUUCUGUUCCUUCCGUGUGCUUGGACAAAUCAAUCAAAAUGGCGAAAUCAACAACGCUUCUUAGCCGCCCGCAGUUCUUCCACACUCUUCUUCCUGGCUUUCAAACUCAACUCACGAUUCCGUCAGACUUCUUCUCGAAUUAUAUCAAGGACUUGGAGACGACUACUGCGGAGCUCAAAUCGGACUCCUCCCUCGACAUAACCUGGAAAGUGGGUCGGAUACUUAAUGAUGGCUGGGGAGACUUCGCCGUCGCUAGUCUUCCAUGUACAUUAAACAUUGAUGAUGAUGAUGAGGUUCCUUUAAACAAGAAAGUGAAGACCAACAUUUAUGAAACUGAAGCGGAUUCUUGUUUUAAGGCCUUUCUCACAGAUUCGAGUCUACACACUGAUACACUGCAUUUUACAAGCUCAAAUGCUCUUACAAGAAACUGUUCUGAAGCUCAUUCCGCACAACUUAGCAAUGAGAACAUGGAAAGAGAGAGGGAAGAAGACGAGUCAUUAAUAAAGAAGAAGCUUAAGCCGAAGCAAAGACCUGUGUCAUAUUCAUCAUAUUCACCAUGUCAUAAGCGAUUCGUAACGUUUACGCUCCCGCCUGAAUAUUCCACACUUUGUAGAUUGACUCUUCCAAAUCUAUUCGUCAAGGAGAAUGGCAUCAGCACGCCUGCGGAGAUAUGUGUGUUGGGUAAAGAUGGUACAAAGUGGCCGAUCACCCUUCUACUUGACAAGAAAGGAAUAAUGAGUUUCGGAAAGGGUUGGAAAGAAUUUGUCAAAGCAAAUGGGCUAGAGACAGGAUUCACGCUCAAGUUGAUGUGGGAAGACACAACUCCUUCGUUUAGUUUAUGCUGUCCAGAAUCAGCGUGUAACAAAGAUGAAGAAGAGUGUUUAGAAUCUAUCAAGAAACAGUCUCUUUCAAUAGAUAGGAGAAUUAGAGACAAGCCCGGCAAACGUAAGAAUAACAAAGAGGAGAAAAGGUCAUGGGAAAGAGAAAAGAUUCAUUGCGGAGGGAGAGAUGUUGGUGAGUUUGAGGAGGUUCCUACAAACAAGAAAGUAAAGACGGACAGUCAUGGAACAGAUGCGGCUUCUUCUUCAUUGGACAACUCAUGUUUUGUGGCCUUUGUCACGGAUUCGAGUCUAGACACAGAUACACUGUAUCUUCCACGAUAUUUUACAAGCUCAAAUGGUCUUACAAGAAAAUGCCGCAAGAUUGUUUUAAUAGAUGGUGGGGGAAGAUCAUGGGCAAUGGAUCUGAGCUUCAACGAAUCUUCUGAUAUUUUCUACAUAAGCCCGGGUUGGAGAAGUUUCUGUGACAAAAACGGUCUAGAAGCAGGAGGUUUCUUUACGUUUAAACUAGUGGGAAACGAGGAAACUCCUGUGCUCAGUUUCUGCCCUAUGGUGUCCAUCGAUAGUAGAAGCCAAAAAGAUUGUUUUGAAGCUCAUUCCACAGAAGUUAGCAAUGAGGAAGAGGAGAUAGAAAGGGAGAGAAAUGAAGAAGAGACAUUAAUGGACAUAGAAGAAAAGAAGAAGAGUAAACCGGAGCAAAGACCUGUGUCAUAUUCAUCAUAUUCACCAUGUUAUAAGCGAUUCAUAACAUUUACCCUCCCACCUGAUUAUGCCACACUUGAUAAAUUGACUCUUCCAAAGCUAUUCGUGAAGGAGAAUGGAAUCAACAAGCCUGGGGAGAUAUAUCUGUUGGGUAAAGAUGGUACAAAGUGGCUGACACGACUUCUACUGGACAAGAAAGGACUGAUGAGACUGGGAAAGGGUUGGAAAGAUUUUGUCAAAGCAAAUGGGCUAGAGUCUGGAUUCACGCUCAAGUUGAUAUGGGAAGACGCAACUCCUUUCUUUAGUUUAUGCUGUGCAGAAUCUACGAGUGACAAUAAUGAAGAAGAGUAUUUAGAAACUAUCAAGAAACAGUCUCUUUCUAUAGAUCGGAGAAUCAGAGAUAAGAAUGACAAAGAGGAGAAAAGGUCAUGGGAAAGAGAAAAGAUUAACAUGAGAGGGAGAGAUUCAACUACAUCGAGCCAAAAGCAAUUCCUGACAUUAGCAAUCACCCCUACCAGUCUCCGAUGUAACAGAAUGCGUCUUCCAAUACCAUUCUUGAGGAAGAGUUGCAUGGACAAGCCUGGAGUGAUAUAUCUGUUGGGAAAAGAUGAUACAAAGUGGAUGGCAAAUCUUAUACAGGAAGGAGACGGAAGAAUGAAGUUGGGAAAAGGCUGGACAGCUUUUGCUAAAGAAAACGAGUUUAAGGCAGGAGAAUCCGUUACAUUGGAGUCAAUCUGGGAAGAUGAGACUCCUAUGAUCAGGUUUCUCCGUACGGAGUCUGAGAGUUCAAAAGCUAACAAGAAAGAGUCCAUUUACAUGGAAGACACAGAAUCAAGAACGAGAGAUUCAUCUUCAGAAAUCCAUGCCCGGUUCGUGACGUUAACACUAAAACAUGAAGAUGUCAAAGCCUGUGUGCUGAUUCUUCCUAGUCAGUUCUUGAAGGCUAAUGGCAUCAACAAACAUGGGAAGAUAACUCUUUUGGAUGAAAAUGAAGUAGAAUUGUCGGCAUAUCUACUGUCAAGAGAAGGAAUUGUUGCUGUGGAAAGUGGUUGGGGUGAGUUUUGUGAAGCUAAUGGCGUCAAAUUAGGAGAAUCUUUCACUUUGGAGUGCAUUAAAGAGCAAGACGAAACAGCUCCUGUACUUAAAGUAUUGUUCUCAGGAGGCCAUGGCCCUUCCAUAUCCUUUUCAGUGCUCAGUGAAAGUGGAGUUGCUUUUUAUUGUAUUGAAUUUUCAGAAUCUUCCAAAGAGUUUGUGAGGGCAAAUGGUCUAAAGACAAGAUGUGGAGAUAUUGUUCUGAUGAAUGAAAAAGGUAGAUCAUGGACUUCAGCUUUAAAACAAAGACAAUGUGGAAAAAGUUACAUCACACGAGGGUGGAGAAGUUUCUGUAGUGCCAAUGGACUCAAGGCGGGAGAUAUCUUCACUUUCAAACUCAUCGAAAGAGGAGGAACACUGGUUCUACGUAAGUCUCCCUCCCACAGAGAAUCCAAAGAAGAUGAGGGCUCAGAAGCUGAUGAAAUAGAGUCCCUUUCCACAGAAUCUGACAGCGAUGAAGAGAGCAACCAAGAUGAGAAAAGACUCAAGAUGCGUAUAUCAAUAUGGAAAGCUUCAUCUUCACCAUCCCGAAACAGAUUUGUGACACUUAACUCUUAAACCUUACAAUGUCAUAAAAUCUUAAAACAGAUUUGGCUUUUAGUUUCAUCACUCAGAGCCAAUUGCCUUUUUCCAUUCUAUUGAGUUUGAUUUUUUUGUUUUGAUAAAAUCUUAAUUGCAGUUUGUUCCCAAACCCUUCUCGGAUCUACAUGGUAUCACUGUGGGAACUAAAAUGAGUUUGUUGGAUAAACAGAGUUCGGUCAUUCGUCGAAUAUU